GCGCGUGCGUUGCGCUCUGCGACACGCACGCGCAUUGCACCUCUAAACACUGUGUGCGUGUUAUCUGUGGUGGGCUCGCGUGCAGUCGUCAUGAAAUAAAUCAACGAUGAAGAAGUUUUUCUUAAGAGAUGUCGUUGUUUCGGCGGGAAAGUGAUGACGAUGAAGAUGGAUCGAAUUCUUCAGCUGCUGCUGCUCUGCUGCUGUGGAUCUGUGCUGUACUGUGAUCAGUUUCAGAAUCGAUCCGAUCAGCAUCACAAAAGUGUUUUUCCAGUCAUAUCGAUCCACUAUGAUGCUGUUCGGACCCCGUUUGAGGUCGCGCUGUGGAUUCUGCUGGCGUCACUCAUGAAACUGGGUUUCCAUCUGAUCCCACAUCUGUCCGGUGUUGUUCCCGAGAGCUGUCUGCUGAUUGCCGUGGGUUUAUUGGUGGGCGGUUUGAUCCGCGUGGUGGGUGAAAAUCCUCCUGUGCUAGAUUCUCAGCUGUUCUUUCUGUGUCUUCUCCCUCCCAUCAUCCUGGACGCCGGAUACUUCCUCCCGAUCCGACCAUUUACUGAGAACGCCGGCACCAUCCUGACCUUCGCAGUGUUGGGAACGCUGUGGAACUCGUUCUUUAUGGGGGCCGGGCUGUACGCCGUGUGUCGUCUUGAGGGCGGGCGUCUCGCCGAGGUGGACCUGUUGUCCUGUCUGCUGUUCGGUUCGAUAGUGUCAGCCGUUGAUCCGGUCGCCGUGCUUGCCGUUUUUGAGGAGAUUCACAUCAAUGAGCUGCUGCACAUCCUUGUAUUUGGGGAAUCGCUGCUUAAUGAUGCUGUCACAGUGGUGCUGUAUCACUUGUUUGAAGAGUUUGCUCACGUGGGCGAGGUGACCCCUGCUGACGUCUUCCUGGGUGUGCUGUGUUUCUUCAUUGUGUUUCUUGGGGGCGUGAUGGUGGGCACGGUGUACGGGGUGCUGGCGGCUUUCACCUCGCGGUUUACCGCGCACACGCGCGUGAUCGAGCCCCUCUUCGUGUUUCUGUACAGCUACAUGGCGUAUCUAUCCGCUGAAGUCUUCCACCUGUCCGGGAUCAUGGCACUCAUUGCGUGUGGCGUUGUGAUGCGGCCGUACGUGGAAGCCAACAUCUCCCACAAGUCUUACACCACCAUCAAAUACUUCCUGAAGAUGUGGAGCAGUGUGAGCGAGACCCUGAUCUUCAUCUUCCUGGGCGUGUCAACGGUGGCCGGGCCGCACGUUUGGAACUGGACGUUUGUCACCAUCACAAUCGUUCUGUGUCUGGUGUCCAGAGUCCUGGGUGUGGUGGGUUUAACCUACAUCAUCAAUAAGUACCGUAUGGUGAAGCUGAGCGGUAAAGAUCAGUUUAUUGUGGCAUAUGGAGGUUUGAGGGGAGCGAUAGCCUUUUCUUUGGUCUUCUUGCUGUCCAGCGAUGACUUUGCCAUGAAGAACAUGUUUCUGACAGCCAUCAUCACCGUCAUCUUCUUCACUGUUUUUGUGCAGGGUAUGACCAUCAGACCACUCGUUGACCUUUUGGCUGUGAAGAAGAAGAAACAGAGCAAACGUUCAAUAAAUGAGGAGAUUCACACGCAGUUUCUGGAGCAUUUGCUCACCGGAAUAGAAAGCGUGUGUGGACACUACGGACAUCAUCAUUGGAGGGAUAAGAUAAAUCGUUUUAAUAAGCAUUACUUGAAGCGCUGGUUGAUCGGUGGAGAACGCUCGCAGGAACCCCAGCUCAUCUCAUUUUAUAAUAAGAUGGAGCUCAAACAGGCCAUAAUGCUUCUGGAGAGCAACAGUUCAGCCAAUCUGAACACUCCAGGACAAACUGCAGCAACACUACAGCAGAACACCAGAAGAACUCGAAACAUUUCUAAAGAACGAGAAGAAGAGAUCAGAAAGAUUCUUCGAGCAAACCUGCAGAAGACUCGACAAAGAUUACGCUCAUACAGCAGACACACACUUUUGCCUGAUCCUGCAGAAGAUGACUGGAGCGAGACACAUCUCAGGAAACAGCGUGUGGAAAUGCAGAGACGGAUGAGUCAGUUUGUGACUGUACCUGCUCACGGUCAGGCUGGCUUUGAAUCAGAUAACCACGUGACCACCAGGCCUACUAUUCUGCUCAGCGGUCCUUCAGUUUCAGACUCUGUUACACUCAGCAAUGAAAGCGAGAAGCCGGAGGAGUUCAGACGGAGGCGACACGGAGGCGCUGAGAAACAGGACAGUGAGCGAGGAAUCAGAGGAGCGAAGCAAAGUGUCACGUUUGCUAUAGACGUGGAAGAACAGAAACUUACUCGCUGUCUGAGUGAUCCCGGUCCAAACCCACUGGAUGAAGAAGAAGAAGAGGAAGCGUUUUAUCAUCGUGAUCAAGAGUGACCACCUCGCAGUUUAUUUCUUGUGUAUUUAAUAAAACCAAUUUUGCAACUCUA